AGGGCGAGGGCGGUAUUUAGCAUUCUGUUUGCUAGGUCGGGCGUGUACUACCAACUUUGCUGCUCUUGCAACGUCAACGAACAAUUUCGAAUAAUCAUUACUAAAAUAAUGUUGUGGGUUGUGUGUCGCUUGUUGUUACCCGUUUUGAAGUGAGUGAAGAGGCGACAGGAGGUUCGAACACGACCACAAAAAGAUCCGCGAUGGCCGUGUGUGUGUGUGUGUGACCCGCCCUGUUGCUGUUUUAAGUUUUCGUUUGUUUAUGCUUGCUGCCACGAGAAAGUGUCUACAUAUGGAUUUUUUAUAUGGUCCUUUAGAUCAGAUGUACAAUGAGCGUAUUGGAAUACGUCGAUGAAUGUAAAGUAUGGUCAGACGGUUUACAAGGAGCGUACUCAUGUCGAAGACUGCUAAGUGAUAUGACAUAAUUUUUUUUAGGUCAGAUUUAGAUGUAUGGUCAAUUUUCGAAAUUCAGUUGCCUCCAUAUAUUAUUAACAACCUGCAUUUACUGACAUAAAAUUAUGUGAAGGCUCAAAGUCUGCAAGAUAAUGAGUAACUGCACACACAUUUACCUUGAUUGGACCAAUAAAGGAAACUGAUGCUGACAUCCAGUAUUGAGCCGACAGUCCCGGAGGGCACUGGCCACCAUGGAAGAUGAGGUGCCCGGAGCUGCCGAGGGAUAUGAGUUUAUGGCAGUGAAACAGGAGCUACGUGAAGGCACCGAGGCGGAUCUACUACGAAUGGUGCAGGAACCAGAGUGUAUUAUUGUGCAAAAGCUGGAACCGGGUGACUACGAUUUGCAACUCGGAGAGUCGGACACUGCGCAGGUGCACGAGGAUGGGGUUGACCAGAGGCUGCCAGAUACUCCAGCAGGAGGGGCUGAACAGGAGGUGAUUCUCGGCCUGGCCCCGGAGGUGGAAUGGGUUCCGACGUGUUUACCUGCCGAUGACGAGGCCUCGAGGGACCCCCUGGCUUCUGAAGGAGACAUAGAACCAGGAGCGGCAGAGAUAUAUUUUGACAGAACACGAUUUGGGUUCUUCGCCACUGCGUCAACAGAAACAGCAAUUCCUGCCCUGGCGGGACGAGUCGGUACCGAUGUGGAAUUGUCGCAGUAUCGGAUGCACGAGAGCGCACCUCACAGCAACUGUAAUACUGCAGCGAGACAGAGUGUCGGGCAAAACUUUGAAUGUAGUUCGUGCUCUUCAGCUUUUACAUUAAAGCACAGCCUCGUACUCCACGUGUUCACCCACGUACCGGGUGUGCCACCUCCGGACCACAUCUGCAGAGUGUGCGGGGAGGUGUUCGACGACGCAGAGUCUCUGCUCGGACACGUGACUGUUCACGAGGACGGGCUACGGGGGGCUCUUCAGACUUCCGGAAGAUCCAAGCUGCCUCACGACGGACGGAAGCCCCGAAAACGUCCUCACAGCUGCGAUACGUGCGGCAAGGCCUUCCCGACGCCCCAGAGCCUGAACAUUCACACGCGGACUCACUCCGGGGAGAGGCCGUACGCCUGCGAAAUUUGCGGCAAAGCUUUCGUCCAGUGGAUUCACCUCCACAACCACAAAAUUACGCACUCCGACGAGAAGCCUCACCGCUGCGAAAUCUGCGGGAGGACCUUCGGCCACUCCGACAGCCUGAAGAGGCACCUGCGGCUGCACACGGGCGAGACACCGUACCGGUGCGACGUUUGCGGGCUGUCCUUCUCUCUUCUGGACAAACUCAAAACGCACAGGCAACUCCACACCGGAAAGAAAAAGUACAGCUGCGAAAUUUGCGGGAGCUCCUUCGCCGCGCCGAACAGCCUGAAGGCGCACACGCGCAGGCACACGGACGAGAGGCCUUACGGCUGCGAUGUCUGCGGCGAAAGCUUCAUGUGGUCUGCGACUCUGAAGAGGCACAGACUGACGCAUACGGGCGAGAAGCCCUACAGCUGCAAUCUGUGCGAGAGGCAGUUUGCCGAGCUGAACACUCUGAAGAGACACUUGCAGAGUCAUUCCGGCGAGAGGCCUUAUAGCUGCGGACUCUGUGGAGCGACGUUUUGCUACCUCAGCUCUCUCAAUGCACACGGCAGGGUGCACACGGGUGAGAAGCCGUACAGCUGCGACAUAUGCGGCAAGUGCUUUGCCGUGUCGAGUCACGUGAAACGCCACCGGCGGGUGCACGCGAAAGGCCCAGAGAAGCAAAUCUCGUAAGAGCCCUUCCUCUUUCACUAAUGGCACUAGUAACAAAUACGUGUGUUUACGAAGAGACUCGAGGUAUUCUAAAUUGUUCUCAGGGCAAUGUUGUCAUGUUUUGCACUGGCGAAUGGAGUUUGUGACUUCCCAGUGUUGUCGAGCAAUCAGAUUUUUGUUCUGUAUCCGAGAAUGUUAUUGAUAUGUGCCUAUUAUGUUAAAUAAUAAACUAAGCAGAAUGGGAGAACUAUAAAA